AUGUUUAAUUCAUCAUUCACAGGCGAAUCAUUUUCAAGUUCAGCAUAUUCUGAUACGUAUUCAAACUCACUGAUUAGAUUAGAAAAUUCGAAUUUAAAUUACACAUUAUCAACAGGCUUCACUAAUCACAAAUACUGUACUCCACGAACAAUUUCAACAGUUGAAUCCAUUAAAUUUGAUGAUGAUGAUAUAUUUGAUCUCCUUCCAAGUGUUUCCAGAGCCAAUAUCUGGUGUACAUCUUCAGAUCCUGAUAUGAAUGAAUCAUUAUUUACCCCAUUUUCCAAUUCUUACAGACUCACCAAUACUAAUUUAAAUUUGAAUACCAAUGGAUAUAGAGAAAGAGAAAAGAGUGUAUCAUCAAUGUCAGGUUCUGUUUCUCCUAUCUUCAACCAAAAUCAAAAUCAAAAUCAAUUUACAUACUCAGCUGCUGCUAGACAAGGUUUAUCAUUUGUUUCACCACGUCAACAUUCUGAUCUGGUAUCUGGAACCAAUUUUCUUACCUUUAGAAAUUAUAAGGGAGCAAUCUUUACUGUUCCUAAGAAUUCAAAAUUUUUUGUUAUAAAGUCUUAUAAUAUUCUUGAUGUUACAUCAUCUUUUACCCAUAAUAUUUGGACUUCUACUGAAUUAGGUAAUAGACGUUUAGAUAGAGCAUUUCAUGAAUUGAAAUCUAAUGGAAAUUAUGAAGCUGAAGGUAAAAUAUUCUUAUUAUUUCUGGUCAAUUCAUCAGGUAAGUUUUGUGGGGUUGCAGAAAUGAAAGAAAAUAUUGAUUUCAAUAAAAGUAGUGAUAUUUGGGUUGAACAAACUAGAUGGAAAGGAAUAUUUCCGGUUGAAUGGUUAUUAAUUAAAGAUGUUCCAAAUAGAUACUUUCAACAUCUUAAAAUUCCAUCUAAUGAGUAUAAACCAGUAACAAAUUCUAAAGAUACCCAAGAGAUUCCAUUUGAAGUUGGUAUUUCUAUGUUAAAGAUUAUUUGUUCAUUUAGAACUAAUUCGCAAUGA